UGAAUGGCAGCUUCUGGUAUGUCAAACAAGCAGUGACCACUUACCGGCUUUUGACUCCUCUAGUUCCUCCUCUCUCUCUUCCGUCACACAGGGAUCGUAACAGGAGUGGCAACUUUGGUUGUUGGAAAGCAUUGCCUAACAUGUUAGUAACUUUCGAGAAAUUGCCACUUGAUUUAUGGCUGUGUUUCUGUACAGUUGCAGGAGUAUUGUUGUUGAAUGUUGAAACAUCACACACAGAUGUUUGCUGCUCAGACAUGUGGCAGGUGGAAUGUAAUUACUGGUGCACAGAGUUACCAUAAACCUGUACAGUAAGAUACACAGGACCAUGAUGCAUAUGAAUCACAAUAUAUCACACUGCUGAACUGAAAUAGGCUUUUCCGUCACAAAUCAAUGGAGCCCACUGCUGGAUAAACACAGCCUUGUGCUUAUUGUAUUCACUUCAUUUACCUUAUCUGAGAGCCUGCCUGUGAACAGAAGAUAAUGAGUAGUGCUGGCCUUCAUCAAUACCUGCUGUUUGUCCAUGUCAAGUGUUGUUUUAAUGAAGUGGUGCACCAAAGGCUGGCUUGUGCAGGAAGAGGAAAAAGGUGUGGUCAUAGAUGUUGAUUACAUGGCAUGAACAUGAGACAGAAACAGGGAGUGCAGUGACAGACAGGAUCAGAGUACUGGAGGAAGUUGUGGGAAUUUCAAGAAAGGAAAGCAGAAGAAACUCUUCCAAAUUUGCUUCCCCAGGCAGUGUAACCAGUUUCAGUAUGAAUACUAAUCAGACAAAUUAUCCCAUCUAUGACAACAUGGGGUUUCAGCAGGAGGAAGGAAGAUCCCCUCCAUUUGCCCCACAGCAGGGUAUAUACCCUACCCUCCCACAAGAGACCCCCAGCUAUGUUGCUGUUGCCCCCCAAACCAUCAACACUCACCACACUGCAACACCUGGGAUGCCACAUAACACAGGACAAAGGAAAGGAAUAAAGACAUGUCACUGGAAAUAUAUACUGUGUGCAUCUCUGUGUGUGCUUCUUGUCCUGGCAGUGGCUGGCCUCUUGCUCUGGUACUUCUUAUACUACCAGUGUUUACUGGGGACGUUGUGCAGGAGUGGGAAGUGUCUAAGCCCCUCCCAGUGGUGUGAUGGUGUUAGGGACUGUUCUCACGGAGAGGAUGAAUCCCAGUGCUUCCGCCUCCAUGGGACCAAUUUCAUGCUGGAAAGUUACUCAUCUGAGAGCCAGAUGUGGACUCCGGUGUGUGCAGAGAACUGGGAUAACAACUAUGCAAGAGCUGUGUGUGAGCACAUGGGGUACAAGAGGCAGGAUUAUGUGUCCUAUACCCAAACCAGUGCAGGUUCUCAAGCCUGGAAGGGAUACAUGAAGCUGAAGACUGGAAGUGACCAUGAAUCAUAUAUACAUUCACAGCUCACUUACAGCCAAAGUUGCUCAGCCAGAGCUGUCAAACUUCACUGUAUUGAUUGUGGAGAGAGUUCAGCAGCCCCCAGCACUCGUAUCGUGGGUGGUACGGAGGCAGUAAACGGGGCCUGGCCAUGGCAGGUCAGUCUCCAGAUUUAUAAUCAACAUAUUUGUGGAGGCUCCAUCAUCAGCCCUUACUGGAUCCUAUCUGCUGCACACUGCUUCCAUACGUACUCUGAUCCUGGAAUGUGGAUGGUAUACUCUGGUGACGUGAGCUUGGCAAGACUGAGCUUUAACACUGGCAAAGCAGUUCACAAAAUCAUUAGUCAUGGAAAAUUUGACAUUAGAACUAAUGACAAUGACAUUGCUCUCCUAAAGCUUGAUACACCUCUAACAUUUACAAGAACAGUGAAGCCAGUGUGUCUCCCAAACAUUGCCAUGGACCUCCCUGUUGGACAGCAAGCCUGGAUUACAGGAUGGGGAACCUUGCGCUCAUCUGGGCCAUCUCCUGACAGACUAAAUCAGGCCCAGGUGACCAUUUACAGCAGAGAGAUAUGCAACAAACCUGAUGUGUUAGACGGACAAAUCACUGAGACCAUGAUCUGUGCCGGCAACCUGCAGGGAGGAGUCGACACGUGUCAGGGUGACAGUGGAGGGCCCCUGGUGGUCAAAGAGGGAAAUGUAUGGUGGCUGGCAGGGGACACAAGCUGGGGGAUUGGAUGUGCUUGGAGGAACAAGCCAGGAGUCUAUGGCAAUGUUACCUACUUCCUCAACUGGGUAUAUGAACAAAUGCAGAAUGAGUGACAGAGUUCCCGGUGAACCUGAAGAUGAUCCUUUUUCAUUAAUCAGCGGUAGUGACUUUAUCACACACUUUGCACUUUAAAUCUGAAGCUCUGAGGGAAUUUACUGAUCAGGAUUUUCUUAAAAAACAAAAUGAAAAGAUUGUACAAAUAAAACGGAUGUAUCAUUUCAUUUAUUUUUGUAUACCAGUUAUAAGUAGAGAUAGAAUGUUUGUAUUUGAGCAAAAUCAAGCUAUUUAUUUGUUGUAAUAAAAACAUAAUUUUGCACAAAUAA